AUGUCAAAUCUUACCAAGCUUGAAUUUGUGGCACUUGACAUCUCGGGCAAAAACUACUUGUCAUGGACCUUUGAUGCCGAGAUUCACUUGGAGGCCAUGAAUCUCGGAGAAACAAUUAAGGAAAACAAUAAUGCGUCCCUGCAGGACCGCGCAAAAUCCAUGAUCUUUCUUCGCCAUCACCUCCAUGAGGAACUAAAAACAGAGUACCUCACGGUUAAGGAUCCACUUACACUGUGGAAAAAUCUGAAAGAACGAUAUGAACAUCAGAAAAUUGUGAUCCUUCCGAAAGCUCGCUAUGACUGGAUCCACCUGCGAUUGCAGGAUUUUAAAAGUCAACAAUAUAGAGAGAGCAGAUUUACCAAAUAUUCUGAGCUGAUUUCUUAUUUCCAUGAACGUGAACGUGAACGCAGACGUCGUGGUGGUCGUGGAUAUGGUCGCAAUAGAGAUAAUUAUAAUAAUCGUGGUGGUCAUAAUUCCUCAUUGGUUCCCAGAAGGAACUCUAUACCGUCCUACCAGAAGUGGAAUUCCAAUGCGACCAAACAAGCAAAAGAAAAAGUUUUGCAGAACAAAGCUCCUGAGAUAUACGAUGAUAAGCCUUGCUAUAGAUGUGGAAUGAAAGGUCAUUAG